GGUUUCUGUGGCUGUUCCUGCGGAGUGGAGGAGAAAAAAAAAUCGUGGCGUUCCUGAUCCGUGCUGUGAGGAGUAAAAUGUGAGGAAAUGCUCGCCAGGGGCGGAUGAGACGAGAGAGAGGGAGAAGAGAGGGGGGAAAAAAGGGGAGGCACCUGUGAGGCGGAAUAGCUCAGCCUACCGCGGCGUCAAGUUUGCGUUAAUCGCGGCGCGGUUACAGUUUCAGACAUAUUUGUCAAGCGCAGGAGUCAUCAUCGGAUCAGCUCCAACCUCUUGCUCCGAGCCAAAUUAUGACAGCGUGUUGUUGUCACGGACUUAACCUGUGAGGUGAUUUGUGACUGUUCUUUUCUCUGACGCUCCGUGCACCUGCAUGUACUGUGAGCAGCCCCGGCCUGUUGGUGAGGCGCUGUGCUCAGUGACUGUGCUGCACUAGGGGAACCCAUGGCUACUGGCCAUCCAUCUCCCUCCGUAGGCCGCAGGUUGAGGCUGCUGGAGUUGCUGCUUGGGCCUCUGUUGGUGUUGCUGGUUUGUGGACCGGUACAGGGUCAGAAGGUCUACACCAACACAUGGGCUGUCCACAUACCUGGAGGUCAGGAGGAAGCUGAUCAAAUUGCUAGCAAACAUGGAUUCAUCAACUAUGGACACGUAUUUGGUGAUUAUUAUCACUUCCGGCAUCGCACGGUGGUGAAGAGAUCAUUGUCGGAUCACAGGGGGACGCACGUCCGUCUACUAAAAGAUCCCAAGGUGACCUGGGCAGAGCAACAGGUGGUAAAACGGAGGAAAAAGAGGGAUGUUUUUGAAGAGCCUUUAGAUCCCAAGUUCAGAGACCAGUGGUACCUGUACAACAGCAACCACCAUGACUUGAAUGCUAAAGCUGCAUGGCAGUUGGGCUACACAGGUAAAGGUGUGGUGGUGUCAAUCUUGGAUGAUGGAAUCGAGAAGAACCAUCCUGACCUGAUGCAGAACUAUGACCCGGAUGCCAGCUACGAUGUGAACGAUGGUGACCCAGAUCCCCAGCCUCGAUACACGCAGCUUAAUGACAACAGGCAUGGGACCCGAUGCGCAGGAGAAGUGGCGGCAGUUGCCAGCAAUGGGAUCUGUGGCGUCGGUGUGGCUUACAACGCAAAGAUUGGAGGUGUGCGUAUGCUGGACGGUGAGGUGACUGACAUGGUGGAGGCACAGUCUCUCAGUCUGAAUCCCCAGCACAUCGACAUCUACAGCGCCAGUUGGGGUCCGGAGGAUGACGGCAAAACUGUCGAUGGACCGGCCAAACUCGCCAAAGAAGCUUUUAUGCGCGGAGUUACAGAGGGACGCGGUGGUUUAGGCUCCAUCUUUGUGUGGGCUUCUGGUAAUGGAGGACGGGAGAAGGACAGCUGCAACUGUGACGGCUACACCAACAGCAUCUACACGCUGUCCAUCAGCAGCUCCACACAGAACGGCAAUGUCCCCUGGUACAGCGAGGCUUGCUCCUCCACCCUUGCGACCACCUACAGCUCGGGAAAUCUAAAUGAGAAGCAGAUAGUGACUACAGAUCUCAAAUCAAAAUGCACGGACUCUCACACAGGCACCUCUGCCUCUGCUCCGCUGGCUGCUGGGAUCAUCGCUCUUGCCCUUGAGGCCAAUAAAAACCUGACCUGGAGGGACAUGCAACAUCUGGUUGUACAAACUUCUAAACCUGCCUACCUGCUCACCAAUGACUGGAAAACCAAUGGAGUCGGGCGCAAAGUCAGCCACUCGUACGGAUAUGGUCUACUUGAUGCCGGUGGUAUCGUGUCCAUGGCAAAAACGUGGACCAAUGUCGGACCACAACGAAAAUGCGUCAUCACCAUGGUCAGCGAGCCAAGGAACAUUGGCAGCCAUUUAUAUAUUAACAAGAGUGUGGACGGCUGCAUGGGGACAGACAGUCAUGUGACCUCAUUAGAGCACGUCCAGGCCCGGCUCACUCUGUCCUACAACCGGAGGGGAAACCUGGCAAUCCACCUCAUUAGUCCUGCUGGCACACGCUCCACACUGCUCCACCCCAGGCCUCAUGACUACUCAUCAGAGGGGUUUAAUGACUGGGCUUUCAUGACCACCCACUCUUGGGAUGAGGACCCUACUGGGGCGUGGACGCUUGAAAUUGAGAAUGUGGCUGGUGCCAGUGACUAUGGCACUCUGACCCAGUUCAUCCUGGUGUUGUAUGGCACCGGUUCAACAACUUCCAGCUCCUCUGAAAAGUCUCAGCCUGGCAAUGACAGCUGCAAGACGUUGGAUCUGAGGCAGAUAUGUAUCGAGUGCAAUGCAGGCUACUACCUCUUUCAGCAGGGCUGUGUGAAAGAAUGUCCAGCAGGCUUCUCGGUGGGCUCCCAGCCUCUCAACUACACAGUGGGAAACUUUAUGGAACCAGCUUCCGUCCCAGCCUGCCUGCCCUGCCCACGGCCCUGCCUGACCUGCAGUAGCCUCAGCCCUAGGUCCUGUCUGUCCUGCCCCCCGCACAGCUCUCUGGACCCCAACUCUGGCACCUGCCUGCAUCUCAACCAGUACAUGCGCGAGUCCCCUGAUAGCUUCAUGGUGGGGCCGGGGAACCAGAGAUCGCAACUAGAGCCCGGCUCCCGGCUCCCCAUAACCAUCGCCGUGCUCAGCUGCAUGGGCAUCAUCGCCACCUUCGCCGGCAUCUUCCUGAUGCUGCAGCUGCGCUCCGGCGCGCUCAUUAAGCUGCCUUCUCUGGAGGCCGGCGGUGGUCUCGGGGGCACCUUCAGUCUCGGCGGAAAUAGGUUGGUGUCGUACCGUGGCAUCCCAACAGUGUGGGGGGAUGACGUGGUAAAUACAGACUCGGAAAACGAAGAGUUUGACGUCCAAAAUGAGAGGACUGCCUUUAUCAAAACACAAAGUGCUCUUUAAUGCCUCCUCCACGUCCCUCCUUCUCUCCUGCUUUUAAAAUCCUCACACCACCAUUUGUCUGAUAAUUCAGGGCUGUGGUAACUGUCUCCUCUCACAGUCUUUUUCUGGUUUAAUCUCCAAUUCAUUUUCUUUUUCUGUCUUAUCGGAUUCUCAUCUGAGUUCUGUUUCGGGAUCUGGUCGCUCCGCUGUGCUGUGGGAGACCUGAUGGGAAGCUGCUGUCUCUCAGAGCUCGGGAUGGCCUGAGCUUUGCUCUGUUCACACUUGGGCGCUUUUCUAUUAAACUGGCUCUCUCCCUCCCCUUGCCCUCAAUCACUAACAGUGUCUGUCUGUGCAGAGUCCAUUUUCCCUUCCAGCUCCAGCUCCUUUUUGUUACAGUAAACAAAUGAUUAUUAUUUGCUUUCUUCCUCUUUUUUUUUUUUUCCUCCCACUGUGUCCUUUAGUCUCAGUGCAGUAGCCAGAUGAGAUUGAGUGUAUGUGUGUGUCUGUGCAUGUACGCGUGUGCAUCUCUAAAUGAUUGUGUGAAUGUGAGCGUGUAAAUCUAAUGAACAGUGAACAGUGCAGAGAAGCUUAAGCGGGUCCUGUCAUAUUUAGUGCUUUAACUAAAACGUGAUGGCCAAAAAUUGUAUUAUGAACCAUGAAAUCCAAUUUGGAAAUAUUUAUUCUCUCUGAAGUGUCGUUUAAUGACCUCGCUGUCUAUAAUCGGUUGACAAAUACAAUGCUCUCUAGUAAUUUACAUUUUUAAAGCGCAUUUUCAAGAUCAAACAAAUCUAAAGCGUAGCAGUUGAUGAGAAAAUAUCCAGACUUCAAUGGUUUAUAAUCCAUCAGCAGUCAGACGUACAAAGCAGACCUUUCAGGAUAUGCCAUCUCUGCAGUGUCUCUCUCUAUGACAGGACAAUUGCAGUAUCUACUGAAGAUACAAUUCUUAUUUCAUGCAGUCACUUUUAAGCCAGUACAGUUAUUGUUCCUGUUGUGUGAAAAGGUUUCUCCCAGCUCUGAAAGAACAAACUGUGAGUCAUUCAGUGAGCAAAGCCUCCUUCAGCCUUUUGGGAUUCCAGCUGAACUUAUUCCUGUUUUGGAAGCUAUAAAUUCUCCUGUGCUCGUAACCUCCCCCAACCAUUACAUGGAAGGGUAUCAAAACAAAAAAGAAAAAAAGGAAAUUAUAAGAAAACAACACACACACACACACACACACACACACACACACACACACACACACACACACACACACACACACACACACACACACACACACACACACACACACACACACAGGCUAUUCAAUCAACCCUGAGGCAUAAUCCCUGCCAGGGAUAUUUAAUUUCUGUGUCUGAAGUGCUUACAUCCUGGGGCUGUGGGAGAAGAUGCAGGGCUGCUUAGAGAACCCAAAACAAUGUGUGACUUGAGCGCAAAAGCUUCUCAAAGCAGCUGGAAGGUGUUGACUUACUUGUGACUGAUUUCUUGACAGAGCUGUAACAAUAUACCGGCUCUCCUCUCAUCACAUCAGCACUACAAACACACCGCAUAUCUUAACGAGUGAAAGUUGCUUUGCGUGUGCGUGUGGGAGAGUGUGAGUGACUGUUAGUUUAUUGCAUAUGAGGUUCAGGAAUGUUUAUCUGCCCUCUGAAGUGAAGAUUUCCUUCCUCCAUCCUUCCAGUCUCCGCUUUCUUCUUCAAAUUUCAGAUAUUGUUUAAAAAUCCUGCAGCGAGACUCCACGUCUCAUCAGCGUCUCUGCGCUUACCCUCCAGUCUUCAUCUAAUCUGAAUUUCAGAUCAUGUCUUUAGUGUACUUGCCAAUUAAUUAUAUUCUGAAUAAUACUGCAGCAAACUGUUUAUUCUGAGAGAUUUUAUUCAUUCCUUUAGGGAAAAUUGCUUUAAGGUUUUUUUUCUCUUCUUCUUCCCCCUCCUCCUUCUGCUUUUCUUCUUCUUUCCCUCCCUGGCUGGUCAUCAUCUGAAAUUUGCAUCUCAUUAUUUAAUCCAGUGUAGCCAUUUUGAUUCCAGUGAUCUUUUUUUGUUAUGUUGAAAUUAUGAUUUUCAAAAUCAGUGGAGCUUGCUGAGAGAGGUUGUCAUGGUGAUGACAUGCAUUGGCGACUGCAGCUGCUCGUCCUUUUAUCUACCUCUCAUAUCAUUCAGCAAGGUUUCGUACGCCGUUUUGAGGAGCUGAUAAAUGAUCAUAGAGGUCAGAUUAUAUGUAGGUUAGAUAUGAAAUCGCUUCUGGGAAAUGAUAAUUUUAAAAAAAAAAUUGUUUUUUUUUUUGUUUUUUUUUGUAGGAGGGUAGGUUUGUAUGUCACAUUUGUUUUAGAGGAGAAACAAGUAAUUGCAAUUCAGAAACUGUAAAGCUGCUGUGUAAAUUUUACUCCCCUGGAACUCCUAUCUGUCCUAAAAAUUUAUUGCCUUUAGGAUCAGCAUUCAUGUGCAGACACACCUGGGUGUUAAAGCCUCUUACUCAAAGAGGCUGGGUAGGAGAAUUGCUCUUACAUCUUGUUGGCCAGCAUUUAAGUGCUAAAUCACUUAAAUCGCCCCCAGUGCUAAAACACUGGGGGCGUUUGUUUUCUUCAUCUUUAUCCAGGUAUCUCCUCCUGGGGUUUGAGACCUUAUUUUAUUCUUUGUAAGUUUCUGUCACCGACAAUCAAUUCCUUUGUUUGUUUGUUUUCUUUUGGGGCAGGAGGGGGGCAAGGUGCAGAAGCACACAAACAAAUGGAUUUUAACUUUUAUUUUAACCGCCUCACUAGAAAGGCCUCCACAGAAAAUGUUCACUGUAUGCAGAUCAUUUAAAUUGCAGAUUUAGAAAUCAACUGCUUAUUUGGAAAAGAGAAAUUCUCCAAAGGCAAAAAGAAUAAAGAUUUUGAUUACCAAUACCUGCCAAAAAUCCUCUUCAAAAGAAUGGAGGAAGAUUGGUAUGUAUGCUCAUACAGCGCUCAGGCAAGAAGCGUAAUUCAUCUCGAAUGGCUGGUGCAGGUGUAACACAUUUGGCUUACUGUGGCCGCUUCUGGAUCAGAAGCCAAACUGAAAAUGAGGAUUUGGAGAAAAUGCCCUCAAAAGGAACAAAGCUAAUGUGGCAGGCUUGUUCUGCAGGGGUCUGUGGGUUGUACAUUAGUGCCUACUGCCAUUUAGGCUUUGAUUAGUUCCACUUUGAGGAGGGUGCUAAUUUAAAAAUGUAAUAACUCCAGCUUCAGACUUGAGCCACCAAAUCUUAUUGACUUCCCAGCAUGCUGCGAAGUGUGUAAACAACAGAUAAUGGGCUAAUGCAGAAACAAAAUUGCUUCCAUAAACCGUUUUUCUUAAACUCUGGAUGCAUCGUUUGAAGAAGUAUAACAUGGGACUUUAACCAAUGCGUUCCAAUUACUGUGGGCUAAUUGAUUCCUGGUCUAGUCAAGAUUAUGCACUGUGCAUUUUCCUUUGGACUUGUAUUGCUUCCAAGAAGAGUGGUUUUGUUUUUUGUUUUCUUCUCAAAAAUCCAACACUGCGGGGUGUUCAGACAGGUUUUUGUGGCCCCUCAAGUGCGCACACGAAAUGAUUUAUUCAUCUUGGCUUGAUGUUGUAUUCACUGCAGCUUGAAAACUUAAAAAUAAUUUAAAAAAAAGUAAAAAUAAAAAAUACUUUAAUCAGAUGAUCUCAGAGCGCUGCGCAAUCGGGUGUUAAACUUGGGAAAUCCAUGAAUGCAGGCAGAAUUAAGUAGCUUCUGCUUCCGAAGCGCCGGAGCUGCAGAAAACCAUCAGCAGCCAGCUGAUUCUUUUAACAGUGAGAAUGCGAUAGAAGCCCCACACACUAAAAUAAGACGAGUGCCAGAAAGCAGCUCGUAGCUAAAAAGCCCUUCCACUUUACAGGCAGCACCAACGUGUGGCGCUCUUAAAUAUAGAAAGAAAAAAAGCACUGCAUGUUGCAAAACAUCAGCCCUGGUUAUAAAGAGAAGACCCCCUCAUUGCUGCCAUGAAGGUUCGUCUUUACAUCGCUGAUCAUGUGGAGCUCGACGUUGCUCCCGUCCUGCGUCAGGAUGUAGUCUAAAGUGAGAUUAAUAUCAAGUCGGAUGAAGUUAAUAGGAGCAAUAUCUUUGGCAUAACCAAAGACAAUCAUUUUAAUGCUGUCUGUUUAGUAUGAAUAUGUGUUGCUUUCAGGUUGUCACAGUCCAUCGACCCUUCGCUUGUGUUCAGAGUGUUUUUAUUGAAACCAUUCAGCCACCUCUGCCUUUUUUUUGUUUUUGUUGUCGUUUUUGACGAUCUGCGGCGACACCUUGUAUGUUCAGCAGCUGCGGAGGGAGGAGGUAGAAUGUAUCCCAUCGCCAUUAACUUAAGGGCUGAAUCAGACCUGAGUGCGUCCGUGUGUGCUCACGCUUGUUAAAGUAGAAAAGAAACACUUUGUGAUGGAGGAGCGGUCAGUGGAGCAGCCUCAGUCCACUCUGUUGACCUCCUCCCGCCUCUCCGUGAGGUUCCUGACCUGUGGCUGCACACAGUACCUUACAGAUACGUGUGACCUAUGGUAAUGUACAAGAAUGAAUAUCCUACAUGGGACAUAACUCUAAAAUAAGGCCUAUUUUUGUACUAUAUGAAAGGUGCAGUGUAAUUUUCUUGUAAUUUAAGGAUUUUUUUGCUGUUGUUUUCUCCUUUUUAUUUAAUUGAUGUCAAUUAUAGAUUCUACUAAAAAUAAAGAUCUAUGCAAAUUUGAA